AUGCGGGAGCGGGGGCCGUCCUCCCUGCUUCUGUCAGUGCCGGCGGCGGCACAGCAGGGCGGCUGGCCGUCGCCGCAGGCGCCGCAGCCGCUGCAGCAGCCGUUGCAGCUGCAGGCGCAACCGCUGGGGGAGGAGGAGGGGGAGAACAGCUAUAUGGCGGCGCUCAAAUCGGCGGCCGCUGACCGGGAACGCGGCCUCUCCAGCGUGCGCGGCUUUGGCGGCGGCGGCGCCGCCUUCGGCGCUGGCGUGGGCGCCCUGCAGACGCCGAGCGCCCCCGGGCGAGCGGCUGCCGCCGCCGCGGCCGCUCCGGCCUCCGCGAUUGGCGCGCCGCCGGCGGCUGCGGCGGCAGCGGCGGCAGCGGCGGCGGGGGCGGCGGCGCCUGCGGAAGCCGGGGAGCAGCUUCUCAGGGCGCGGCUGCGCGCCUCGUACGAGUCUGGCCUGGUCGUGCCCCUCCCCUUCCUCAGCGCGGCGCACGCCGCGCCCCUGGCCCUGUUCAACGCGCCCCACUCCCCCCACGUGACGCCGCACGGCCUCGCGGGCGGCGCGCGCGGCAUCGACCCAGAAGCCUACCGCGCCGUCGCGGCGCUGCUCAGCGGGGACGCCGCCGGCGGCGGCGGCGGCGCGGGCUCGCCGGGCCGGCGGCGGCGAGAGGCCGCGGGGCGGCUGCCGCCCGGCGUCGUGCGCAAGCUGCUGCUGAACCCCGCGCUGCAAAACCUGGCGCGGUGCCUCGCUUACCACACGUCUUGCCUGGAAGCGCUUCCCCUGGACCGGCCCGCGGCGCUCGAGACGGUGGGGGUGGUGGAAGAGAUGGCGGCGGCGCUGCGGACGGUGCUGUGCCCUGCCCUGUGA